ACAUAUUUUACUCUUACGAAAUACAUGCAUAAGUAUUUGGAUCAACCGACAAGGAAGUUACGGUAAAAGAGACAUUUCGUCUCAUUUGGACUUGGGCAGCCACGAUGUUUACCAUAGGAAUUUUCAUAGCGUUCUUUGUAUUUCAAAAAGAUUUUAUUGUUGAAUCGAGCGUCUGUAGGUACACAAAGACAUGUUAUUCAAGAGGUUAUAAACGCUGUGGAUUUUUUGGUUGGAGUAGAUGUGGAUACACGAGAUCAUAUAGCUGUACAUAUAGCGCUUGCUGUUCGGGCUGGAAAGAUGGAGCAGGAGGGCGAUGCAAUACACCAAUAUGUCACACACCAUGUUUAAAUGGAGGGACUUGUAUUCAACCUGACACAUGUUCGUGUCCAAUAUCGCACGAUGGAAAGUACUGCCAGACUCUGUUAUGCUCACACUUGCCCGCCCUUUUUUUCCCCUGGGACGUGAAGCUAUCCAGAAAAAUUUGGGGCCUGUUUAAAAGGGUUUUCGGAGAUCCCAAAUAG